GACUCGGGCUGCAAUUAGAUGUGGUCAGGAAGUGACACAAGGCAGCAGCUGAGCCCAAAGGGCCUGUUUGCUGGGGUACCAUGGAGCUGUCGGGGUGCUCACCCGCCUCUCUCCCUUCCCCAGCUCCAGAGCAUUGCUGAAAAGGACAACAACUUGGUGCCCAUAGGAAAGCCAGUGUCCGAGGAGGAAGAGACAAAGCGGCUGCUGGAGCCCGCAGCCAGCCCACCCAACAAGGUGCUGAAUGGGGCGGAGCAGAGCUACCACAACCUCCCGUCAGCACGCACUGAUGAGCAGGCCAUGCUGUCCUCCAUCCUCGCCAAAACAGCCAUGAACAUCAUCAACGUCCCAGCAGCAGAUUCCCAGGGCAUGGAGCAGCAUGAGUACAUGGACAGAGCCAGGCAGUACAGCACAUGCCUGGCCAUGCUCAGCAACAACCUGAUUCACUGGAAGAAGCUCCCACUGCUGCCAUCUCUGACUAACCAACCACACCAAGUGCUCGCCAGCGAUCCUGUCCCCUUUGCAGACAUGCAGCAGGUGUCCCAGAUAGCUGCCUACGCCUCCAGUGCACUCUCACAGAUCCAUGUCGAUACCAAAGAAGAACUGGUUUUAUAACUUGGACAGAUACCCUGUUUCCUACUAAAUGCCAGGGCACCCAUCACUGGCAUGUCGAGCCCACCUGCAUUGCUUGAGGCUU